GCGCCGGUAUUUGCUGCAGCUGCAGUACCUGGGCUUCGCCGCGCGCGCCCGCAUCUGGCGCAAGAGCCUGGAGCACCGGGCCGUCAUGGAGAUUGCCUGCGAGGGAAGCAGUGGCGGCUGCCACCGCGUCAUCCAGUCCAACCUCGGCUCGGCGGCGCCACUUCUGUCCGUGCCUUUGGGCCCCACGAACCGGAAGCGCAUGGAGCGCGCCAUGCAGGAGCUUGCGCAGGGCUUUUCCUUGGGCCACACUACAAUGCAGCCAGACCGGGGGAAGACCUUUGCGCACCAGGUGGGUCUCAGCUUUGCCGACAUCUUCGAGACCCAGCAGCAGCAGUGGCAGUUCCAGGUCUAUCCAGUCCAAAGCGGACUCGGGCCACAGGUGGCUGCGCCUUUUGAGGAGGAGGGCCGCUGCUUCUUGCGACCUUCCUCUUGGGCCCAGCACCUGCCCUGGAAGCCGAAGCUGGACCCCGAGUUUGAGGAGCAGAACGUCCUCCUGGAGGCAUCCUACUCUAGGAGGUCGACGCUAUCGCGGGUGUCGGCGCUGAGCCCUGCGAACCCCUCGGAGGAUGUGGAGGUUGGGGGGUACAGGAACCCGGCCACCUACGCUCGCCAGCUCUUGGAUCAAGCUGCGGCACAACUGGGCCCCAGCCGCCUGUCAAGCAUCGUGGAGGUGCCGGGCCACUGCGCCGUGGACAGCCUGCUGGGUGCCGAGCUGAAGACGCUGCAGCUGGUGGAUUCCGCGGCGGGCAUCCGGCGCUGCAACGAGAAGGCCGAGGAGCCAGUGGGCGGCCCCGGCACCGCGGACUUCACGGCGAGCGAAAAGCUGCCCAACCACCUCCUUCGCGCGUACUACAUGCUGCGCUACCUGCAGAGCCGGUCACUACGGUGGCAGCUAUUGCAGUCCUUGAACUUCUUCCGCUUCCUGCAGCGGCGUGUGCUCGCGGGGGUGGCGGCCGUUCAGACCACCGAGAUGGACGCCGGCAAAGGCAGCAACUACAUCGGCAGAGGUGGAGAUCCUUCUCGAAGGGUGGAGGAGAAGGCGCAGGACAAGUACUGGGACAUCUCCAGCCGAGGGCUCUCCAGGAUCUUGCAGCACUGCUCCCUGCCGCUGGUUGAGGAGGGCCACAGUGCAGAGAGCAAUUGCUUCGUGGAGGUUGGGCGCAAGCUGGACCGGGAGACGUUCAAGCGCUCCGACGACAUUGUGCUCGACUCCAUGGGCCGGCGUGUGCUGCACGAGGCAGCGUUGGAGGACUUGGAGCUGCUGGAGUUGGACAUGCUGAAGAUCGGCAGCUACUUCAUUCACAAGUACGAGGCCACAAGCUCCGAGGACCGCGAGGUGGCGGCGGUGGACCGCUGCGCCGUGCUCUAUGACCUCCUCAGCUGCGAGGUUUGGUUCAACACGGAGAAGCGGAACCUUCUCGAAGUGUACCUCACCAUUUUCGAGCACACCACGGACCUCUUAGAGCGCCAGCAGCUGGCGCAACGCAUCUGUGACCUCGUGGCCCUACGUCCGCGCCUGGAUCUGCAGGAGAGCUACUUCCUGGAGGCCUUCGGCGCGGCGGUGCUGCUGCUGCGGAGCCGGGCGCAGCUGCUGAAGGAGCUGCUGCAGCACCAGGUUGGCGCGGAGGUGGUUGCCGGCAAGCGCGUCAUGGCCAAGACCGAGCGUGCUGCCUCGCGGAGUGCCGGGCAGCCCAGCGUACGGAGCACUGCCAACGCCGUGGUGCACAACUUGGAAGGUGGCUUGGCGCACCCCCAGGAGGGCAGCGCCCUUUGCGGAGGUGUGCCCUUCCUACGAAAAGAGGGGGAGACGAUGUGCGUGGAAGGGGACAAGCUGCUGUCUCAUAGCAGCUGCUGUUUGGCCUGGAAGGCGGAGCUGGUCUUGGAGUCUGUGCACCGGCACAUGGCCCAGCACUUCCAACCCCCAUCCCCCGUUGCGAGCACCCAGUUGGAGCGCGCGUGCUACGUGGUGGCGCUGGAGCGCUGGGCUGGCGUACAGGACAAAACCGAUGUGUUGCAGAUGGAGCUGCAGCCGCAAGAGGACCCCGAGCUGCAGGUCUCGCUUCUGCAGGAGCUGGCCAAACGUUUGGUGGGCAUUGAUGUGCCAGAGAGAACCAACCGCUGGCGCGCAGAACGCGGGGAGAAGGAAUCGAAGGCGGAUGGUCUGGUGAUGAAUGACCAGAUGAGCCACGCCUUUGAGGAGCUGGCCGAACAUGCGCAGGAGAACACCGCUACUUUGGCUGACUCCUUGCAGCUUGUCAUGGGCACGCUGCUGUCCCAGGCUGUGGAGGCAGUGGAGCUGCGGGGCCAGUUGAUGGACGUGCACCUGGAGGUUCAGCAUUUGCAGCAGGUGCUGAGCCAACAGGCCCUGGACUUUGGCAGUUCCAUACGGCCCCUUACUUGCCUGGAAGGUGAUCAGCCCCUGAAGGACCAGUUCACAGCGGGCCUGGUCUCGAAAUCUUUGGGCACUUUGGACUUCAGCUCCAACAACAGCCUGGCGCUGCUCUGCUCCGUGCCCAAGCUGCAAGAACUGCGGCAGAUGCUGCAGCACGAGCUGGCCUUCCGUUGCCUGGCCUUGGCCUGCGUGCAGCAGAACGCCCUGCUGCUGGACGCGCAGACCAGGUGGCGGGAGCAGAAUGACAUUGGCACCGUAGGGCUUUCAAGAGACGCCAUCUCCAUGGAUGGGGGUUUGGGCGUGAUGCGACGCCUCCGUGACAGCUUGGAGGUCUCAGGGCACGACCAGCACCACGCCCACGCGCGUGCAGAGGAAGUGCCCAGCGCUGUAACCACAAGCGAGAUAAGCAGAGCCAGCGUGGAGGACAAGGGCCAAGGCUCUGCAAUCAUGGACAUGUCUCGCUACGCGCAGUACCUGCAGCAACCAGCCAGGUACCUAGAGCCAGUGCUGCAGGCACUCGGCCGCACAUCAACGCGGGUGAUCUUCAAGCUGCUGAGGUGCAGCGCGCUGCUGGCGCUGCGCUUCGGCUGCGAGCUGCUGCUGGGGCUGCAGCUGGCGCAGAGCGCCUCCUCCCUGGCAGGCAUCGCCAUGCUGAUCCCCAAGUCCUUGACACCCUUCACCUACGGCGAUCGCCUCAACCCCUUGGUCCGAGAUGGCCAGGUGGGCAGCGUCUUCAGUCUGCCCAGCACCUUCGACGCCCUGCGCCUGGCGCUUCCGAUCUUCGACCCCUCCAAGGUGGAGGCCCUGGUGGAGAGGGCCGAUCUUGACUUCGAGGUUCAGUUGCUGGAGACGCUGGACUUGAGAUCAAGUGUGGCCAGCGUGGCGUUGCAAUUGUUGGCGGCGGUGUCGCGCCUGGUGACGCUGCGCUACGCGAUCGUCAUGGUGGACGCAGAUCCGGUUUGGCUCCUGGAGGCGCAGCGCAAUGGACGGUACUUGGCCACGGAAGAGCACUUCCGGCAGAACACCCGCUCGGUCCAGGACCGCAGCGAGGAGGACAAGAGCGAGGAGCGGAGCCGAGCCCCCGCAGAGGAAAAUGACGUGGGCCGCGCCGGACCGGGCUAUGAGACCAUGGAGGAGCUGUGCGCGGAUCUGGCCCGCCUCGCGCGGCGCCUGGACGGCCAGAAGCCCGCCGGGCGGAAGCCGGAGCAGGUCCUGGCGGUGCUGGGCUCGGAGAUCGCGUGCGCGGGGCGGCAGCUGGCGCUGAUGCUGCGCUGGAGCGGGCGCCGGCUGCAGCAGGACCCCGAGGCGCCGGACCUGCGGCAGUGGAGCCGUCUGAUUGAGGGCUGCGAAAGUUCGCACCCGAGGUGGCUUUUGCCUUUGGAUGUGCGAAAGAUGACGCCUGUGCCCAAAAACUCUCCUUGCAUGGAGAACUGGGACGAGCUGGGCAGCAUGCGGCCGGAGAUGCCAGACUCGGAGUGUGUUGAGGCUAUGCCGGCCAUCGUACGCCUGCGCGAGGGCGCCGGCAGCUACUUGGCCCAGUUCCAUCCCGAGCUCUGCUCCGAGUUCCGGGCCUUGGCUGGUGCCUUGCGGCAGCAGUUCGUCGUUGAGCCUCCCUGCGCGAAGGUGGACAUCAUCCGCCUGCCGUGGCUGGCGCCUUCCUCGAGUCCCAAACUGCUGCGUUUGCCGUUGGGCCUCAGCCACAAGAGGAGGCAGCAGCUUUCAAGAGCCCGCGCCAGCUUGGCGGAGCGGUGCAGGGUGUUGGUGCACAAGAACAUGAGUAUUGAUCAGGCGGUCUACGCGGAGGCGGAGUUCUAUGGGCUCUACCUGCUACGGGAGCGCCUCCAGGAGGCAGUGGUGGCUGGGCAGUUGGGGCUGUCCAAGCUUCCCACUGACAAGGAGGGUAUCGCCCGGUUCCGCACCCAGAUGGCAGCCACCAUCCCGCCGGAGGAGCCCGCGGAGCCCCUCUUCGGUGAGCUGGAGCCCCAAGCGCUGAGCCGGGAGGUGGCAGCAAUCCGAACCCAGCUGGCCAAGCUCAUGCCAGCGCUAUCGCAGCUGCUGCAUUCUGCGACCUCAGAGUGGCUAAGCGAAGAGGUUGCCGCGCUUACAUCACUGCAGUACCGGUUGCAGGCGACCAAGUCGGCCAAGUUGACCAAGCCCACUGGAGCCCCGUCUACCUCCGCUUCCAUUAUUGAUCAGUCCCCUGCGACUUCUAUCUCGAAGAGCCCAACUCUCAAGGAAGCUCACAAGAGCGGCUCGCGGAUCUCCAUUAGCCGCGAGGCUUCGCUGCUCACGGGGGGACCCUACGCCUCGAAGCUGGUGGGCCAAACGGCGAUCAACCAGCUGCUUCAGAAGAGUACGUACGUGCGCAUGGGCAACGACCCCGAGGGGGAGACCGCCCAUGUGCUCAAGGAGCUGCAAAUUAACGCCUGUUUGGAGGAGCUCGCGGACGAACUCUGGUCCUGGGGCCGGCACAUUGCCCUGACUCGGGAGAAGCGCACAGAGGAAGCCUUAGGCUAUCUGGAUCACUUGAAGGAUGUUCUGAAGUUUUGCCUGGCGAAGACCGAGGUGGAUACCAUCCGAGAGGGACACCUCCUCGAAAGUCCGGCCGAGUUGGUUUGGCUGAAGGGCUUCGCGGAUGAGAUGAAGGGCAAGCGCGAGGAAAUGGAGGCCCAGUUCCGAGCCGACCUUGCGGCUCGCUGUGUCAAGAUGGUCUUCGAGGUAGACCGGGCGCACCGGGCGCAGCGGGACCUGAAGGCGGCGGCGGGAGAGAUCCAGAGCCGCCUGCAGGGGGAGAUCAUGGACCAGGUGCGUGGAAGCAUCUCCAACUUCACGGGGGCCUUGGCUGCCGAGGCUGGGCGCUUCAAGGAGAGCCAUGGGGAUGACCAGGACCGCCUGGCGGUGCAGCUCAGGGACCUGCGGGAGCACGUAACUUCCGAGUUGGCAAGCUUGGCCGCCAAGAACCAGGCUGUGCAGAUGAAGGCGGCGCAGCCGCGACAGGUUGGGUUGGAGACGCUGCUCCCAGAGAAGGAUGGCGCGAUCGACUUCCAGGCCCUGGCCAGCGAGCUUGAGGCGGAGGAUGAUCGCAGCCCCCUGAAGCGGCGUCACUCGGGCAUGGCCCGCCGCAACAGCAACGCCAAGCCUCCGGUUCUCACACUCACGGUGAGCGACGGCAUGUACCAGAAGCUUGCGGAGGUGGCGCAGCGCGAGGAUGUCUACGUGCUGCAGAGGAGGCUUCAGCAGCUGAAAGACCGUCAGCUGAUGGAGCGGAUCUUCCACAAGUUGAAGUGCCAGGCGAUGAGGCAGCACUUCGAGCGGAAGGUCCAGGAGCAAGAGGCCACGCUGGGGUCCAACAGCUCGCUGCUGGCGCAGCUGGCACAUGUGUCGCGGGCAGAAUCUGCAGCUGCCAAAGACUUCAUUCGAGGUGCGCAGGACGUGUCUCACGCUGAAAAGCGAACCGAGGAACUAGGACCCCUCACGGAGUCCAAUGCGGAGCAGAAGCGGCGCUUGGCCAAGUGGAAGAAAAAUAAGAGCAAGCAGCUCUACCACAUGAAGAAAGGCGUGCGCGACCACGAGAUGGCCGGGACUAUGGACGUAGCCUCCCUGCUGCAAGACAUCCAGCAGAAGCAGGAGCUCGUCAAGAUACUGCAGCAGAACCAGAAAGAGUCGGAGCAGGAGGUGCUGCUGGCCAGCGCCCGAAGCGCCAAGGACACCGCGCGGGUGCGCGCCGCGCUCAUGGAGCAGCGCCAGGUCAAGGACGAGACGUUCCGGGAGCUCCAAAGGCUCCGCGCGGAUAUGCAGCGCCCGGAGGGUCAGAAGAAUGUGGAGUACUGGCGCGAGAAGGUCUUGGAGAUCAGACAGCGGAUGGAGGACUUAGAAGAGGAGAACUCCAAGCUCCGCAUCCUGCUGGCCAGCCGCACCGAGUGACGGGAGACCGGAGCAGGAGCGGAGACAGGACUCGGUGUGUGCGUUUGAGGGACGGAUUCCA